AUGAAGGCGCUACAUGACUGCAACAAUGGCGGGCAUGUUCUUUUCAGGGAGGGGACAUCCAAGGACAGUGGCUCUUCUCCAAAUGACACCGACUACUGGCAAGCCAACUCCUUCCCAUUCGUCUUCCAGAACGUAACCUCGUUUUUCAAACUGGGCGGCAACGACGUCAACAUAUACGGUGGCGGAACGAUCGACGGCAACGGACAAGCCUGGUAUGAUUUAUAUGCCAAGGACAUCUACACUCUUCGCCCGGUCCUCUUCGGCAUUGACGGUCUCAAGAACUCGAUAUUGAGCGAUUUGGUACUGCGUUAUUCGCCAGAGUAUUAUCAUUUCGUCGCUAAUUCCAGCAAUGUUAUUUUUGAUAACAUCAACAUUGAGGAGGAAGUAACAGUGCAAAUCCAGCGAAGAACACGGAUGGCUGGGACACCUACAGGAGUACAGAUAUCACGAUUCAAAAUUCUUACAUCGUUAAUAGUGAUAAUUGCGUUGCGUUUAAACCAAAACAGCACCAACAUCCUGGUCCAAAACCUCGUCUGCACCGGCUCCCAUGGCAUCUCCGUCGGUUCUCUGGGCCAAUAUGUUGGCCAAUUUGACAUUGUCGAAAAUUUCCAUGUCUACAACAUAUCUAUGACCAACGCCUCCGACGGUGCCCGUAUCAAGGUGUGGCCGAACACUCCCCCCGCCCUCUCUGGGGAUCUCAAAGGUGGCGGUGGUUCAGGCAGGGUUAGCAACAUCACCUAUGACACCAUGUACAUCAACAACGUCGACUACGCGAUUGAAUACGACCAGUGCUACGGUCAGAAGAAUCUUACCCUGUGUCUGGGAUACCCAUCCCCUCUUACAAUCACCGAUAUCGUGUUCAAGAAUUUCAUUGGGAAAACAAGCACAAAGUAGCCGCAGAUUGGUACGUUUGCUUGCAGUUCAAGUACGGUGUGUAAUGGUAUUGUGGCGAGCGAUAUCAAUGUCGUGAGCCCAGGAGGCAAGAAUGAGGCCUAUUGCUUAAAUUAGAUGCGGCAUGUACGAAUGUUUUUAAGGGG